AAGGAACUCGGAAGAUUGCACCCAAUCAAGUUUCGCCUCGUCUCCCAAGUCUCUGGAUCGAAGAGUGCGAGUGAGAAUCUUCGAAGACAAAUGGCUCCCCGUCUGGUCUUCGUCUUCUCCGUUCUUCUGGUACUUUGCUCCGCCGUUGCCGGAUCCGCCUUCGAUGAUUCCAAUCCCAUCCGGAUGGUCUCCGAUCGUCUCCAGGAGUUGGAGUCGGAGGUCGUCCGAGUCGUCGGCCAAACUCGCCACGCUUUCCGAUUCGCCCGAUUCGCUCACAGGUAUGGGAAGAGUUAUGAGACGGCGGAGGAGAUGAAGCUCCGAUACCGAAUUUUCUUGGAGAGCUUGGAAAUGAUCAAAUCGACCAAUAGAAAAGGCCUCUCUUACAGACUUGGUGUUAAUCAAUUUUCUGAUUGGACGUGGGAAGAGUUUCAGAAACACAGGCUAGGAGCUGCUCAAAACUGCUCUGCUACCACAAAGGGCAACCACAAAGUUACCAAUGCCAUUCUCCCUGAAUCGAAAGACUGGAGAAAAGAUGGCAUAGUCAGCCCUGUUAAAGAUCAAGGACACUGUGGUUCUUGCUGGACAUUCAGUACCACUGGAGCUCUUGAAGCGGCCUACAAACAAGCACAUGGAAAGGGAAUCUCCCUGUCCGAGCAGCAGCUGGUGGACUGUGCUGGUGCUUUUAACAACUUUGGCUGCAAUGGUGGACUACCUUCCCAAGCUUUUGAAUACAUCAAGUACAAUGGUGGCCUUGACACUGAAGCAGCAUAUCCUUACAUUGGAAAGGACGGAAAAUGUAAAUUCGUAGCUGAAAAUGUUGGAGUCCAAGUAAUCGAUUCUGUGAACAUCACUCUUGGUGCUGAAGAUGAAUUGAAGCAUGCCGUUGCUUUUGUUCGACCAGUAAGCGUUGCUUUUGAGGUGGUUAACGGUUUUCGCUUGUAUUCAAAAGGAGUUUACACCAGUGACUCAUGCGGCAGUACUCCUAUGGAUGUAAACCACGCGGUGCUUGCGGUUGGUUAUGGGGUCGAAGAUGGUACCCCAUACUGGCUGAUAAAGAACUCAUGGGGAGAAACAUGGGGCGACAAUGGCUACUUUAAGAUGGAGAUGGGCAAGAAUAUGUGUGGUGUUGCAACUUGUGCUUCAUAUCCCAUUGUUGCUUAGAGUACGAGGACAAUGCCAAAAGCUUUGCAGAAGGAAAAGAUACUUUGAUGUUUAAAGGUACGGUUAGUAGAACUGAAAUUAAAGUUUCUAUUUCUAGUUCAGGUAGUUAUUGAUUUGAUGCAGACUAUAAUGUACUUGUGGUAAGAUGAUGAAGCUCCUGUAAAUUUGAAUAUUUAGAGAUCCUUGGAUUUGUAUUUAUAAUGUACUUGCGAGUAAGUAAUGUAUAUUUCCUGGCAAUCCAAUCGUAUAAAAUAAAUAUGUAUUUAUUAUUCUAA